AUGCAAUUUCUGGCGGUUCCCAAUAGGAUACUGCGUACUUUUUUGGCUGACCUGGAGGAGGUGCUGCGAGCUCACUAUGAAAGAGAACCAGUGGUUGAAGACAAGAUAGUCCUGGGGGAGUUUGAGGAGCUUAAGCGGCGAUUUGUUGGGGACAAAAUGUACAAGGAUGCUAAUGCGGCGUAUGCUUCGUGGCAGUACCAGCGCGUCAAGUUACUGAAAGACCACAACUAUGUUCUGCGCUGUUUCGAUCGCGCAAGCGAUGUGAAGCAUGGAAUGCCGGAAAAACUCAAGUUGAACAAGACGAGGAAACACUUAGUGGAGGACCUUUACGAAGCUAGGACCAGGAAGAGGGAAAAUGAUGCCUUUUAUGAUAGUGAGGAUACAAGGGCUCGAUCGCGCAGACAUACCUGUGACGUCUGCAGGAUCAAGUGGUGUAGAGCGAUGAACGGAAAAAUAGAUUCAAGUUACUGGACUUUGGAGAGCGUCGGAGUUGGGCUGGACGAAAGCUUGUUGCAGAGGUUGAUGGAUCACAAAAUCCCCAGGAGGCAUACUGUAUCGGGUUCGUCGGACGCAACGGGACCGACCGAUAUGUGGAUGAGCAACGAAUGUCAUGUAUAUAUCCCCUUGAGUUGA